CUGGACCUCAGCUACAACUACUUAACUGUGCUGGCCCCCGAAACCUUCCUGCCCCUCACCAGCCUGGCCACGCUCAACCUGGGCAGCAACAGGCUGGGGGAGCUGGAGCCUGAGGUGCUGCGCGCCCUGCCCCAGCUCCGAGCCCUCCUCCUGCAGGACAACCCCUGGGUGUGCAGCUGCAGCAUCCUGCCCCUCUGGCGCUGGCUCAGCCACAACAGGGAGAAAGUGCAAGAGAAGAGUUUGCUCCUGUGCAGAGUCCCAGAGCAGCUGAACAAGUUUCCGAUCAUGGCCUUUGGGAAUGAGUCCUUCAGGCAAUGCCAGGAGACCUCACUGUCUGCCCAGCACUACAUCGCCUUCUUGAUCAUCGGACCGUUCUCCUUCAUGGCCAGCAUCUUCUUCUGUACCUUCAUGGGCUCCAUCACAGUCAUUUACCACAACCUGCGCAGGGAACCCCACUUCUGGAGGAGACCCCACACCUGCAGGCGCCGCUGCAGCAGGGCGACCAGGCUUUAG